AUGCAAGAGGCGGCUUCAAGCUGUGAGGCUCUGGACACAUUAAUCUUUGCAGAACCCAAGAGGAUCGAGAACAGGACGUGGCAAAAGCUAUUGAUGGACGAGCGAGUGAUUUUCCGUCCUGUGAAACGUGUGGCUGAUGGAAAGCCGGUUGAUUCAGCCAUCAUCGACAUGUUGGAAAGCUUCAUUGCAAGCGCUGCGUCACGAAUUGCACUCUUAACUUCCGAUCGAGAUUUCGUACCCUUUGUAAGUCGUGCCUGUGCCAACGGAAAGCAAGUGCUUGUACUUGUGACUGAGGCGCGAAUCCAUGUUGCGGACCUGUACCGGAAAGCACAAGCAGAAGUGCAUGUGCUCAAAGCUGACAAGCCACAGGUCACACGGUCCAAGCCAUCUUGCUUCCAGGAGGGAAGGGAAAGGUACGAGUCACUUCCCCGAUUCCGAGAGUCUAUUGCCCAGAAGUGCUCGAGACUGUCAAACGUAAACUAG